AUGGCCGACGACGAAGAAUCGGGACAACACCUCAUCUCGCUGCACGAGCGAAAAGAAUCGCUUUAUCCAUGGUCGUUGUUUGGGCUGCCCGACCGCGACCUGCCCAUUCCGCCGUUACAAGAAAUCAUCUUGGAGUGGGUCUGGCUCCUGAACAACGCCACCUCGGACUCGGGUCGGCCCGUGGAUCUCGCGCUUGGCACCGGCGCCUGCGAAACCGGCGGCGACAGCCCCGGAAACUGCACCCAACGGCAAAAUUACACACUCGACGCCGAUGACGGGGACACCACUCGGCUACUAGAGUCGUGGGGUGGACUGGACCUGGCUACCUUUAACGCCACGAGCGUGCUUGACACCGUCGCGGAAUGCGUCGUCGAUGGCUGCGACGAGUCGCGAUCUCAAGGCUGUGCCGACUUUGCCGACACGGUUCGCACAAUCGGUGAUCCCGCCAACAGCCUCUCUACGGAGACUGUGGGCUCUUUGAUCCCCAAAACGGUCGAGUACUGCUCUGUGACCAACUUCCGCAUGGACGCCGAUAUCGCGGGACCUGGAGUCAUCAUUUCAUACGCCCUGCAGACCAGCUUCGCCACCAUAUUAUACAUCUUUCUAAAGUUCUCUCGAACAUGGAUGAGGAGAAUCGCUCGCCUCUUCGGAGGGGGUAGGCUAGGCAACGCCAGCAAGCGAGCCUCGUUGCUGCAAAGCCGGAUAGCGCAUUCCGCGUUUGGCGGUGCGGCCAUAUCAUCCGUCGUCGAGUUUCACGAAGUGCAGUGCUACUUUGUAGCCUCGAUCCAGAUCGCGACGCUGCUCUACUUCAAUUCAAAGAACCCCAACGCCGCCGGGAACAAGGGCGAAUCCUUUGGCGAGGCCGUCUUCAACGCCGAGGCCUCCAUCGUUCUCGGCGUCACUAGCGUCGCCCCCAUAAUGCUCAUGCAAUUUUCCCUCCAGCGCGCCGGCAUCUACUGGUGGUACAGCUUCAUAACCAUGUCCAUGACGGUCAUCCUGACCAUCAUCAUAUACGCUCGGCAGGCGAGUCUCAUGGUGUCUCCCGAGGGCAUGUGGCAGGCCCUUCAGCAUGAGCGCGCCGAUCCCGGCUUCACCACCAUGGGCGCGAUCCCCGUCUACAUUGGUUGCAUCGUCGCUCUGGUCGGCUGGGUAGGCUUGCUCAUCGACCAAGUCGCCUUUACCCUGCAUAGCAAGCUCCCGACGGCGAGCCGCAGGUUCGGCAUCCUCCGAUGGGCCUCCCGGCUGCGGGACCCGCGCACGCGCACCAAGUUUGGCUCGCGGGUCCUCUUCGUCUUUCUCACCCUGGCUAACAUGACGUUUGCGUUCAACGUCGGCAUGUAUAAUGCGCUCCUCGUGAUUGCCAUCUCGGAAACCAACUUUGGCGAACUGGCCAGUUGGGGCUUUGGCCAGUUCGUCGCGGUCAUGGUGUGGACGCCCACUUUGGCCAAAUACCUAUACUAUAUUGCCUUUGGAAUCAAGGGCGGAUUCGAGGAGCGGAUACCGGACAACUACACGAUUUCGAGGCACUCAACCGAAGAAAUAGAGCCGGACCACCCAAAUAAGCACAGCACGGCACACGGAGGGCAAUCUGACAACGCCCAUUUUGAAGAACAUGCUCUCAUCUCCUCGUCGUCAGGAAAGGCUUUUAGGGCUGGCUAUUAA